CCGAUAGAGGGAGAAGAUGUAGGAACUUCUCAGAGCUCAGUGGGUCGGUAAAUAAAAGGGAGAUCCAGGUUACUCCAAGCGGCAGCAGCUGGUGGAGAAAUGGAGAUGCAAUCCUAUUACGCCAAGCUCUUGGGGGAGUUGAAUGAACAGCGGCAGAGGGACUUUUUCUGUGACUGCAGCAUCAUUGUGGAAGGGCGGAUCUUCAAGGCCCACAGGAACAUCUUGUUUGCCAACAGCGGCUAUUUCCGAGCCCUGCUCAUUCACUACAUCCAGGACAGCGGGCGGCACAGCACCGCCUCCUUGGACAUCGUCACCUCCGACGCCUUCUCCACCAUCUUAGACUUCCUCUAUUCUGGGAAGUUGGAUUUGUGUGGGGAGAACGUGAUUGAAGUUAUGUCGGCUGCCAGCUACCUGCAGAUGAACGAUGUGGUGAACUUCUGCAAGACAUACAUCAGAUCAUCCCUAGACAUCUGCGGAAAGAUGGAGAAGGAGGCCGCUGUGGCUGCAGCGGUGGCAGCAGCGGCAGCGGCAGCGGCAGCAGCGGCUCACCGGGUGGACAGUGGAAGCCCCAGUUCAGGCAGGGAAGGGACCGCCUGUGAGACCAAGAUCUUGGUCUCUGCAGCCGAGGGGGAAGAGAGUGUGGAUCGGCCAAGAGAGUCCCCCCGUGGUGACUGCAGAGGCUGCCACCCUCUGGCACUGGUGGGGAAAGACAGCCAGGGCAGUGGCUCAGUGGACAGUGACCGCUCCAUUCGACCCAAACAGAUAGAGCCCAAGGUGGAGUUCGAUGCCGAGGAAGUGGAGGUGGAGGUGGGCGGACAGCUGCAGCAGCGUACUGCCCCGCUGAGCCUGGCCGACGGGGAGGAGGGUUUGCCCAGAGGCCAGGCGGUCGACUUGGCUUACAGUAACUACCAUGUGAAGCAAUUCCUGGAGGUGCUCCUGCGCCACAGUGCCGUCCAGAGCAAAGAGGACGCGGACCAGCACUUUUCUCGGAGUUUGGAGGGAAGACCAGGUGGUGCAGAAGUAGCAGCCAUGAGUUCCAUGAUGGAUGUGCAGACUGACUGGUAUGGAGAGGACUCAGGUGGUGUGCUGGUGGUGCCCAUCAAGCUGCACAAGUGUCCUUUCUGCCCCUACACUGCCAAACAGAAGGGCAUCCUUAAGCGGCACAUCCGCUCACACACGGGGGAGCGGCCCUACCCCUGUGAGACCUGCGGCAAGAGGUUCACCCGACAGGAGCAUCUGCGGGGCCACGCGCUCAGCGUCCAUAGGUCCAACCGUCCAAUUAUCUGCAAGGGCUGCAGAAGAACCUUCACAAGUCACCUGUCGCAGGGGCUGCGGCGCUUCGGGCUGUGUGACAGCUGCACCUGCGUUACAGACACACAUGAUGAUGAUGACGAAUUGAUGCCCAUCAACCUUAGCCUGGUAGAGGCUUCGUCCGAGAGCCAAGAAAAGAGUGACACAGACAAUGACUGGCCAAUCUACGUGGAGUCUGGUGAGGAAAACGACCCCGGCGGAGAGGAUUUGGAUGAUAGACCCCAAAUUCAGCCCAGCUUAUCAGAUGGAGAGAUGCUUACAUAGCAAUAAAUUAGUGGAGAAGAGGGUUUAGAAUUUGUUCUUGCCAGUUCUGUGGUUGAAAGCCACCCUUUGUCCAAUUUUGUGGAACCCUGAGAGGAACAUUUUUUUACUGUUAAUUAUUUGCAUUUCUGUUAGACUACAUGGUGGAGGUUGGAUUCUGUGACUCAAAGGACUUUUUAGUGUCGCCCCUGAUUUCUGAAAGCUUUCUGAGUGAAUCAAAGUUGGCUCUGAGGCGUCCUGUUUUUCCUGCCGUGCAUCCAAACUCUGGUUUGGAGGAAGAUAAGAA